CACUCGCUUAUCUCAUCUUCCACUUCACAUCUGUUUUUUCCCCUUUCAUCAGCUCCGCUCCAUCGCAUUUUCACUCCACUGUAUUUGUGCAAGCGUAACUAAAAACUGUUAAAGCCAAUCUUAAACAAUGUCGUAUAUACCGCCACACCUGAGGAACUCUACCACCACCACCACUUCUUCACUAACCCUAGACAGCGUCAGUGAUCACAUCAGUAAGCUCUCGCAUUCCGCUUCUUCAAAUUUGCACACUAAAAUCUCCUCUGCUACUUCCACUUGGAACUCUCUUCCUACUUUGUCCAAUGGCUCUCGCCGGACUUCCGUUGCUGUCACGUCGCCGAGAACCUUGGCUGUUCCCGAAGUCGUUUUUCCUCAAUGGAGCCCCUCCGAGCGCGUUCUUCGCUUGAAUUCGCAGCAGAUUGAAGAUGUUCGUUUGCGGCUUAAUGUCGAAGUCACUGUUGCUUCGGAUUCUCCUCCCGCACCUGCACCCAUUGAAUCGUUUGAAGAUAUGCUUUUGCACCCGAGCAUCAUGAAGGAUAUUACAUAUCAUGGAUAUACUAGGCCGACUUCUAUUCAGGCUCAGGCCAUGACAGUUGCUCUUAGUGGAAGAGAUUUGUUAGGUUGUGCUCAAACUGGUAGUGGCAAAACUGCUGCAUUCGCCAUUCCGAUGAUACAGCACUGCUUGGCUCAGUCUCCCAUUUGGCGUGGCGAUGGACCGCUGGCAUUGGUGUUGGCUCCUACCAGAGAGCUAGCCCAACAGAUUGAAAAGGAGGUCAAAUGUUUUAGCAGAUCUCUCGAAUGCUUUAGAACUGCAAUAGUUGUUGGUGGAACUAACAUUGCUGACCAGAGGUCUGAACUAAGAGCUGGAGUGGAUGUAAUUGUUGCUACUCCAGGAAGAUUCAUUGAUCAUUUACAGCAAGGAAACACUUCCCUCUCUAGAAUUUCGUUUAUUGUUCUGGAUGAAGCUGAUAGAAUGCUUGAUAUGGGGUUUGAACCACAGAUUAGAGAGGUAUUGCACAAUCUUCCAAAAAGGCAUCAAACUCUGCUAUUUAGUGCAACUAUGCCUGUGGAGAUUGAGAUACUAACCCAGGAGUACCUAACUACCCCUGUGCAAAUUAAGGUUGGAAAAGUGAGCAGCCCAACUGCAAAUGUAUCUCAAGUUUUGAAAAAAGUUUCUGAAAGUGAGAAGAUUGAUUGCCUUCUAGCUUUGCUUGUGGAGGAUGCAUCUCAGGCUGAAAGAUCUGGUCAUCCCUUUCCUUUAACUGUUGUGUUUGUGGAAAGGAAGACAAGGUGUGAUGAAGUUGCUGAAGCUCUGGUAGCACAAGGCUUACAGGCGGCUGCUCUUCAUGGUGGCCGUAGUCAGAGUGAAAGAGAAGCUGCUCUGCAAGAUUUUAGAAGUGGCUCCAAUAAUAUUUUGGUUGCCACUGAUGUUGCAUCUCGAGGAUUGGAUGUCACAGGAGUUGCUCAUGUGAUUAAUCUGGAUCUUCCUAAGACAAUGGAAGAUUAUGUACAUAGAGUUGGAAGGACAGGCCGUGCAGGAUCAGCUGGCCAAGCUACUUCAUUUUACACUGAUCGUGAUCUGUUCCUAGUGGCACAAAUAAAGAAAGCAAUUGCAGAUGCUGAAUCUGGUAACAUAGUGGCUUUUGCAACUGGGAAGGUUGCUAGAAGGAAAGAGAGAGAAGCAGCAGCCUUGCAAAAGGAAGCGAGGAAUGCUCUGUCUCAAAUGGUUGGACCCACUUCAUCAAGCAUUGAGGAUAAGUAUAGGUUCAUGAUUGCCUCUUCAAGUAUCAAAGGAGAGGGUGCAGCAGAUAGUGCUUGGGAUGAUUAAAUGGAAGUUUCCUUCAGUACCUCUUACAUAGCUUUGAUGAUACAAGCUUAUGUUUUCAAGAUUUUUAAGGUGUACGGUUUCUGAGUUUGGGCUUAAAGAUAAAGAUGUGCUGAAGAUUAUAAAUUUCUGGUGAGUUGUUCAUCUUCCAAUGUCACUGCUCCAUUACAUGUUCAGUUACCAGUUAUAAGAAGGGUGGAUUGCAUGAAUGCUGAUAGGGCUUUGUAGGACUUCUCAUGUAUUCUGUAUAUUGUACAUCUUAGGAGUGUUCAAGUGGAAACUUUGCAAUUUAACUGUGAUAUUGGUACUUAUCAAGUGUCAACUUGAAUUAUCUUUAUACUUAUCAUCUUUAUUGGAGCA